AUGGCAAAGAUCAAGUCCAUCGAGUACUUCCGGGUCAAGCCCCGCUGGCUGUUCGUCAAGGUCACUGAUGAAGAUGGCAACUUCGGCUGGGGCGAGGGAACCCUCGAAGGCCAUUCUCUAGCUGUUGAAGGAGCGCUAGAUGAGAUUAUCACUCGCAUUGUUGGGUUUGAAGCUGACGACAUUGAACACAUCUGGCAAUUCGUGUGGCGACUUGGAUUCUACCGAGGAGGGCCGGUCUUCAUGUCCGCCAUCUCUGGCAUUGACAUUGCGCUAUGGGAUCUCAAGGGCCGUAAGCUGGGAGUUCCAGUGUUCCAAUUGUUGGGCGGCAAGGUGCGCGACAAGGUCCAGGUCUACUGCUGGAUCGGCGGUGAUCGGCCGGCCGAUGUCGAGGCCAUGGCUAAGGCACGAAUCGCUCAAGGCCUCAAGUGUGUUAAGAUGAAUGCCACUGAGGAUCUCAACUGGCUCGACUCCCCCGCCGCCCUCCAAUCCUGCGUCGAGCGUCUCAAACAAGUCAAGGCUCUGGGUUUGGAUGCCGGUCUUGACUUCCACGGUCGGCUGCAUCGUCCCAUGGCAAAGCAGUUGGCAAAGGCAUUGGAGCCUCAUCAACCUCUCUUCAUUGAAGAGCCCCUUCUCUGCGAACACCCCGAGGCCAUCAAGCAACUCUCAAACAGUACUACCAUUCCAAUUGCAUUCGGCGAGCGCCUCUACACACGGUGGGACGUCAAGCGGUUCUUGGAGGACAGCUCUGUGGAUGUACUUCAGCCAGAUAUUGCUCAUGCUGGUGGUAUUUCCGAGACCAAGCGCAUUGCCACCAUGGCUGAGACCUACGACGUAGCGAUUGCGCCUCACUGCCCAUUGGGCCCUAUUGCCCUUGCAGCGUCAAUGCAGAUCGCUCUAUCAACUCCCAACUUUGUGAUUCAAGAAAUGUCCUUGGGUAUGCACUAUAAUCUUGAGGCGGGUGAUAUCGACUUGAAUAGCUACCUGGUCGACAAAUCUGUGUUUGAUAUCAAGGAGGGAUAUGUAGCGGCCCUCACCAAGCCUGGUCUGGGAAUUGAGAUUGAUGAGGACUUGGUGCGCAAAAUCAGCCAAGAGACAGAACCCUGGCAACCUAAGGAGUUCUUUGGACCUGAUGGGUCUAUUCGGGAGUGGUAG